GAGAACGCAAGCAACAGGCAGAGAGGAAGAGAGCGCGUGCGGGUGAGCGAGUGUGAACGAGCGAGCGAGCGAGCGAACGUGUGAUCCAAAAUGGCGCUGAACCAAGACGUGGACCAGUUGUCCAAGAGUAAUCCCGUCGUCAGGGUCGACCAGAAUUCCGAGUCCGAUCUCCAGGCGCUCUUCGACACCGUCCUGAAGCCCGACUCCAAGCGGCCGCUGCAGGUGCCGCUGCGCAUGCGCAACCUGCCGGAUUCCUUCUUCAAUCCGCCGUCCACCGGCAGCAAGAGCCCCUCGAUCUCGCACUCGCGCGAGAACUCCGCGGAUUCCGCGUUCGGCGCCGCCGUGACCGCGACGCCGAACGGCGGCGGCGGCGGCGUGCCCAACGGCGGCACGAGCAGCGGCGGCGGCGGCGGCGGUGGCAGUGCAGGCAAUGCCGCAGGUGCCGCGGGUGCCGGCGGUGGUAGCGGAGGCGCCGGCGGUGGCGCGAACGGCACCGUGAGCGCGAUCGCGGCGGCCGCCGUCGCGGCCGGCCUCACCGUCUCUCAUCCCCGCGCGCACAGCAGCCCGGCCUCCCUCCAGCAGACGUACGCGUCGGCACAGCAAGCGCCGCAACACGCGCCGCAGCCGCACGCGCGUCACCACCAUCAUCAGAAGCAGCGCAGCUACGACGUCAUCAGCACGGUCGACGACCUGGGCCCGCUGCCGCACGGAUGGGAGCAGGCGCGCACCCCCGAGGGCCAGAUCUACUUCCUCAACCACCUGACACGCACCACGACAUGGGAAGAUCCGCGGAAAACGGCCGCAGCCGCGAGCGUAGCCGCGGUAGCCGCGGCAGUCGAAAGCAACAAAUCCAACUCGCUUGGUCCGCUACCCGACGGAUGGGAACAGGCGCGCACAGCCGAGGGUGAGACCUAUUUCAUCAAUCAUCAGACUCGCACCACCUCCUGGUUCGAUCCGCGAAUCCCAUCGCAUCUCCAAAGAACUCCGGCGUCCGGUGCAAUGCUGCCGCAGAACUGGCAACUUCAGCAACCCACCGGCAUCCAAAGCAACCAGAGUCUGCAGGCCUGCCAGAAGCAGAAGAUUCGACUUCAAUCAUUGCAGAUGGAACGUGAACGUUUGAAGCAGCGGCAGCAGGAGAUCAUGCGUCAGCAAGAGAUGAUGCUGCGACAGAGCAAUACGGACGCCGUCAUGGAUCCGUUUCUGUCCGGCAUCAAUGAGCAACACGCACGCCAGGAGAGCGCCGACAGCGGUCUGGGACUCGGUUCUGCAUACCCCCUGCCUCAGGCGGGAACUGAAGAUUUCCUCAACAUAGAUGAAAAUAUGGACGGCACGAGCGACGGAGGUGCGCCGAUGGACACGCCGGAUAUCUCGACUUUGAGCGACAAUAUCGAUACGACUGACGAUCUCCUGCCAUCGCUUCAUUUGAACGAGGAUUUCACUACCGAUAUUUUGGACGACGUGCAAUCACUUAUAAAUCCUAAUCCUACUAAGCCGGAAAAUGUGUUGACUUGGCUAUAGGAUUAGAAGUGAUACUGCGGCGGACAUCGGCCUAUUUAAAAGGAUAGGUGCUCAGACUCUCGAAGUAGAAACUGUAUUCAUGUCUAGACAUUAACAUAUCUAGAUAUUAACCUGCGAUCUAUUAGUUGCAUCAUUGAGCAGCCUUAUUUUCAAUACCUUUAAUCAAUGAUGCAAUUUUUAUUUCUUUAUAAUUCUGUAGAUUAGACUUAGUCUACUAGACUAGAAAAGAAUUAAGUCUCUACUUUGAAUCUAAACACCUAUUUUUUUUGUUUCUUUCUAUUUGGAUUUUUGUGAGGAUACACUACCACGAUAAUAGCCAGGAUAUAUUUUCAUUUCAAGUUUCUCAUAAGGGAUCGAGAAUUAAACCUGGAUUUUUAUUACGCGUAGUUAUUUCAUUAUUAAGCUAUUCCCAAAACACAAGAAAUUUCAGUAGUUUAUAUGCACAUGCAAUUAUAAACACAUCGUACUAAAGAUAAGUCUACAUUUUGGGAGAUGUUGGACAGCUUAAUGGAAAAAUUCGCCUAUCAAAUGAAAGAUUGUCCUGAUGUCCCGUAUAUAUUAUAAGAAAUUUUAAAUGGAAAGAUAUUUUCUUGUGUGUGAUAGAGACAAUCAAAUCAAAGACAAAUUCAAUGUAACUUUGUAAUAUAUCGUGGUACCGCGGCUUUUCUUGUGAGAAUGAAAAUCCAAGUAGGAGGAAUGUUUAUACUUCGUUAUGCCGUCUGAAGAAAGAAAAGAGAGAAGGAGAAAACGAAGGACUGUAUACGAACUUGCUUUAUCAGCUAUCGAGCACGUUAAACGUUACUGUCAGCAUUCAGUCCUUCGAUUCCUCCGUCAUUUCUUUCUUUGUUAAACAAUAUUAUAUUUUAUAUAACGAAAAUUUAUAUAUUCCGUAUUCAUAUUCGUUAAACAAUCUUGUGAGAGCGUGAUUUUUUUUGUAUAUGAUGAUAUCAAGAGAUCGUACGAUAUUCAUGCUCCCAGCUUGUGUCUUCCUACGGUUUGUGCACGCAGAGCGAUUUAAUUGUAAAGUCUAAUGCAGAGAAACUAUGUGAAUGGAUUGUAACAAAUUUCAAAGCGCUUGAUACGAAGAUAUUUCAUUAUAUCGAUAUCUUCUAACGUGAGUCGAUUUGCUCGCACACUUUUGCGCGAGGGAUUUGGUGCUAUUUUUAUCUUGGAUGCAUGUAAUUGGACAUUGUUAUUAUUACAAAUGUUAUCAGUUAUAGCAAAUUAUUUUUGCUAUAAUUGUCACUUUAAUUUUCUUGAUAC